CGAAUGCCACUUCCAGUCUGUCACAGGUAUUAACAUAGGGAUUAUGGCGGAUGUUGAAUUGCCGGAUUUGUGUUUGGGUAUUCCAAUUGAUCAUCGGCUCGAACCUCUUUUCGGCACCGGACUUACAACUCGGGAUCCCUUCGCUGGUCCUGGAAACCAUGCUCGAGAAGUUGAGAGUUAUGGCCACCGUCUUCAAAAAUAUCGAGCAAAUAUUUCUGAUAAUGAGGUUGAGUUUGCAAAAUGGCUCGCCAUGCCGGACACGAAAGGUGGUGUCGUGAUUGUCCUUCAGCAGCCGGCGGAGCACCAGCGCUAUUUCUUAGAUCACCGUCAAACAGUGAAGGACUGCAAUACUUUGGAAGCUGUUGACGAGGUCUGCCAAAAGGUUACUGGGUAUGGCUUGGAGAAGAUAAGCUGCUUCGACGCGUUCCCUUUUCACAAGAUCCCUUUGAGUAAAAGUCUGGAUGAAUAUGAGGAAGAACGCGACGAAGCGUAUGCCGUGUUCCUUCGUAUGAUCCAACAGAAGCAGCCGGAUGUUGUGUUCUGCUGUUAUCGCAGCCCGUAUUCCACCAAGUAUAAGGACUUCCAGUGCAUCGGAAUUGGACGAACUCGCGAUUUUCAAGUCACUGUCCAAGGUGAACGCUACACCUGUGUGAACGGAUUCCAUCCUAGCUAUGCUCUCAACUACCUCGAGGACAAAAGCGCAUUGCGGAGCCUCUUCAUUAUUGAGACAACACAAGCAUUCCGUCGAGUCAAUGGUACCUGGAAAGAGAGCUCCUGGAUGACCGGCGUGCGCGAAAACUGUGCUGCCAUAGUCCAGAUAGACAUUGAAGAUAAGCAGAAACAGCCAAGGUGGACCAAGCACGACUUCCAACGUGAGAGAUUCCAUCUGUAUAUGGAAUUAAUAACGAGGAUAUUAAACUCUUUAAAAUCCGGUGCAUAUGAUGACAUGACGAACGACGAGCUCUACGACCUGAUUUUGGAGAAGCGUUACAAUGUCCUUUUGCCCAAUUGCCUGCUGCUCCUCGUCAAAAUUAUCAACUUUGAAGACCAUGGGGGUGACCGUCUUCAGGACAAAGGGUUUACGCAGCUGCGCCAGCGAGAGGACCGAGAUGUGCGAUAUCUCAGACGGAACGUGGAGAAGAGAUGUGAUGAGUUCCUGCGCUCUCUCCGCGCAGUUGGAGCAUCCUUUCAAGUCGAGAAAGGAGGGAAAGGUCUGUUCACAUCUACCUGUUUAAACAAAAGCCUUCGCCCUCUUGGACCAUUCAUGAGUCAAUCUGGAUUCCACUACAACUUGCGACUCAGUUUCCUGAAAUUUGUGCACAUCCUUAACGGCGCUUAUACGUACAAGGGCAGAGAUGUCUACGAUAUUGACAGGGACGAGCUCAGUCGGGCGUUCAGACUUGCUGCUUGUCACUUUGAGUGGGCUUUGACACAGCAUGCCGCCAGCACACGGAGACGGGCUCCGGAGGAAGACCUUGCGAUCUCAAACAGAUUGAACUUACUUACGAUCAAUAGAAGCCCUCAUCAGACAAAUUACGCGGCUCGCCCUGGAAUUUCUCAAAGAAGAACGGCGCCGGCUCCGUCAUCCGUCUACCCACAAUCACCACCCUCUACGCCUCCACGACGUCCUAAUGGGGCAACCGCUUCUCUGCCGCAGGCCGCUGCGUUUUCACCUCCCCCCUCUGCAUCAAGUUCCAACGUGUCACCUAUUCGUUUGCUGCAAGCUGCCAGUUCUUCCCAGUACCGCUCGGGACCUACCUGCAAUAAUUGCAAGCAAACCGGGCACUCCUCCUCCAGCUGUCCAAAGACACAGUGUUACCGAUGCAAAAACUUUGGACACAUAAGUUUUGAUUGUCCUGUAUACCCAUCUACACCUCAACGGCGGCGCUGAGAGGGACAUUGUGAGAGAGACGAUGAAACCAUUCGAUUCACUACGGGGUUUCACGACGUUGGCGGGUUCCUACAUGUCUUUCCUUUUAUUCGUUAGGGUGAGCAGAGAGGAAAGAGGUAGUCCGCGAAAUGUCUUAUGACAUGAUUUUAUACGGCCCUUUCAUAAUCCGCCUGCCCCUGCCGUGGGGGUCUGAUCUCUGACCCCAAAUCUUAGCCGCUCCAAGGAUCCGAGCACCAAAGACUUUGAGCGGGAUCCACCUCACAGCCCAUAAACGUGGAUUCCAGCAUUCAGGUGCGGCUAUUUCACUAGUCUGUGCGACUUUGCUUUAGUAUCUACAUUGUUAAAGCUUCGGGGGAAGAAUUUCACGCGACUUUGGCUUCCGUUACUAUAAGUUUGCGUGAAUGUAGG